AUGAAGUUCACUUUAUUGGCAUCAGCUUUCACUCUUUCAUCAGUUUUGGCUAGUAAAGGUCCUCACGAUCACAACCCAAGACCAGUUGUGACCGUUUACAGAACCGAAACAACUGCCAAAUACGGUAGAUUCAACAAGACUCCUAAACCAACUACAACUACUAUUGUUGUUUCACCAAGUGAAUAUUCAGCAAUCAAAGAGGAACAAAUUAGAUCAUCAGCUUCUGCUAACGAUAUCUUGAGAGUCCAAAUUGAGAAGAGAGCUACCAACGAAACUAACGGUUCCUCUACUCAUUCAAGUGCUAAUGCUGCUAUGGGUUCUUCAACUGGUGUUUCAUUUGCUGUUGCAGGUGCCAUCGCCGCUGGUUGUGCUUUGUUGAUGUAA